AUGGCAUCGGUCAAUAUGAAUCCCCUUGUGGGAGUAGUUACCGUACCACAGCAUGCUCCACCACCGAAAAAUCCAAAGUUGUACAAAACGGAGUUAUGUCGUUCGUGGAUGGAUCAUGGCCGCUGUAACUACGGAGAAAGAUGCCAAUAUGCUCACGGUGAACAAGAAAAACGUCCAAUUCCUCGUCAUCCAAAGUAUAAAACCGAAGCAUGCCAAUCCUAUCAUCAGUCCGGUUAUUGCCCAUAUGGUCCACGAUGUCAUUUCAUCCACAGCGAGACGGAUCUUCUCGCGAAUCUUCCGAAUCCACCAUCGUCGUGCACACCGUCGAUACGCUCGAAUCACAACACGUUCGCUCCAAUGACCUGCUCGCAACAACUGUCUCCAACGUCAUACGGAGCCCCGAUGAUAGGCAGCCCGAUGCUUCAACGUCUAUCGUCAUUGCCUAGCUAUGGUAGUACUGGCGAUAACCGCUGGCAUAAGCAUGUUCUCUGA